AUGGAUGGCGAUAUUGAAGCAGCCGCAAUUGAACAAAAUGAGCGAGCUACUCCGGUAAAUGAGCCUGGCGCCAGGCUGAAUGACCUCCCUCUUGGGGAUGGGGACAUCGCCGUUCCUGGGAUGGGACCUUACAACAUCCAAGGCGACAAGCAUGGAAACAGCAAUCCUUCAACCAGGCCAGGCACAGCAGCUGGCUCGACUCAUGUUGCAGGUCCCAGGCAUAGUUAUGAACUUCCCGGGACGCCGGUGGGUGUUCGCGUGAAUACAUCGAAUAGUGUGACAAGUGUAGGGACAGCCAGAUUGCCGGAUUCAGCCGAGAGAGAUCAGAAUGUUACUCGGGCUUCUUCGAUGGUAGACCUAGGCAAUGAGAUGCCGCGUCGCUCGGGCACUUUGCCAGCAACUGAGAGAGUAAAAGGGGUUACCGAGGCAGAAGACGCUGCACUCGAUAAAUUCUUGAUAGAUCAUUUCAAGAAUGACCUCUUCGAUGUCAUCAAGCCAACAGCAGCACCGGCACCCGCGUCUCGAUUCCUCAAGAUAUUUGGUUUGGAUCCGCUGGGGCGUGAGCAGAAAAAAGACAAGAAGCUCAAGGUAAACGUAAGGGUGAGCCUGGCUGCUCUGAACCGAAUGCGAAUGCGACGUCUUCAGAUGAAGCUUGCCCACCAAAUCCUGCGAAUGCACUACUACAAAGAAUGUUCAACUGACUGGGAAGACCUUCUUAAAGAAUACAUUGCCGCAACCAGAGACAACGACUACAUCCGUACCUGCAUCCAUAGAGGCAUAGACGAUCCGUUCCUGGUAGGCACAGAAAAACAUGUUGAUGCUGCGAUUCUGAACGCCGCUCUACUCGACAUACCUGAGGCCGAAUUGCGCAAGGAAGGUCUCUGGGCAACAGCUGACGGCGAGGAUAAAAGACGCAAGUUUAAUUUUGUGCCGCCCGUUGAAAAGGAACCACGGGCCAUCGGGGGCACACGUAUGGCGACGACGAGAAAGCAGAAAACGCAGUUAUUUCUUCAGAGGGUGCUAUUUUCGAUUGUAGGAGGCAUCUUUCUCGUCGGGCCAAUGUGGCUCAUGGCCGUGCUGAAUGCCAAGUAUGUAUCACUUAUUUCGACAUCAGUAUUUGUCUUUUUAGCUGGCCUGUUGGCGGCGUGGAAGUUGGAUGACCCAAAGACGGUCCUGUCUACAACGGCUGCGUAUGCCGCUGUUUUGGUGGUGUUUGUUGGAACAAGUACUGCGCCAUCUCCUGGGGGUGGUUCUUAG